GAAAAGAAGAUAGAUAGAUAGAAGCUCCUGACAACGCUGCACGUUUAUUUCGAUCGCCGACUGCAAGCCGUAGUGUUGUGUGUAUCACCCAUAACAUACACACACACACAUAUAUAUACAUACAUACAUAUAUAUCCACACACAUAUAUAUCCACACACAUAUAUAUAUAUAUAUAUAUAUACACUCCAUAUUACAUAUAUACGCCAUAUUACACUCUAUAUAUAUGUAUUAAUUAUAUAUCUAUGUGUGUAUAUAUAGAUGAUCUAGGUAGAUUAUUAUAUACGUGCUGCUGCUGUUUGCUAUAUAUAUAUAUAUACACACAUAUAUAUAUAUACAUGCAAAUAUCUAUAUGUGAGUGACUGAGUGUGUGUGUGUAUAGGUUUUAAGUGUGAGUGAGUGAGUGUGUGUGUGUGUGUGUAUAAUAAUAACUACAUGUAUGUGUAUGUAGCUUGUUAUCCAAGAUGGCAAACCUUUUGAACAAAGACCCGUUCACCUAUAACCAGGAAUACACGGAAUUCAUUAAGGAAUUACGUCAAUAUCACAGCAACAGAGGGACACCAUUCCAGAAAAUCCCACAAAUUGCUGGCCGUGAUGUUGACCUUUACCUGCUGUAUCGCCGUGUUAUCUCUUUUGGAGGGUGGCAAAAGGUUAAUGAAGAACAAAACUGGGACGAGCUGUUUGAAGAGUUCAAUAUCCCGAAAGGAUGUACCAAUGGGAUUCAGGCAAUAAAACAGAUUUACAUCAGAUUUCUGAAUGAAUAUGAAAAAGUUAAUUUUCUUGGAGAAGAUCCUGACCAUGAGAUCAUGGAUGAUGAUGAAGAUGGACCAUCACGUAAAAAGUCUUCCACCCCUUUACACAAUGUACCCCUCACAUACAAGUACAAUCAGCAUAAAGUAUCAGAGUCUGCACGUCAAAAUGCUGGUUUGUCUUGCCAGUUUGUUACAUUCAGUGACUAUGACAAGUUGGAAAUGGCUUUAAUGUCUGGAUUACCGAAUGAAGUAGACUUUGUGGUCAACGUGUGCACUUUACUCUCCAACGAUGGCAAGCGCUCAUUACGCUUGGACAAAUCCAAGCAUCUACUAGAUCUUCUUUUAGCACACAUAGGAAUUUUUUCACUCGGGGAAAGUUCUUUAGAAGAACUCUACGAAAAUGGUUGGCGACCAUUUUCUAAAAGGAAUUUUGUGAAGUUCUGGUAUGAUACAGUGUAUGAUAAAGAAGUUCGUGAAAUGAUCUCAGACACGAGGGACGCAUCGCUGAUAAGAGAGUGGGUUGGUGAAGAAGUUUUGAAUCUUGGCCGCAGUCUAGGAGUUAAUGAUGUCGAAGGUCAGCGAGUGACUCAGAUGGCUAUUAUAAUCAGGAAUUUAUCUUUUGAUGAAGAAAAUUUGCAGAUCUUGGCCAACAACAGAAGUGUGUUUAGGUUUCUAUUGCUCUGUGCAUACAGCAAGUAUGGCUCCCUGCGCCAAAUAGGACUGGAUACUCUGGGCAAUUCUGCCCUUCAGAUGAUAUUGGAGAGUGUUGACCACCCUGAUACACAGCUGAUGCUGAGGUUGAUAUCCAAAUGUUUAUGCUCCAGUGAUAAAUGUGAAGUAGUCCGUGGACUUGAAAUUCUGAGCAAAUUGUGCCAAGUGGAAGAAAAUGAAAGCUUAUUGUCUGAACAUCUGGAAAGUAAAGCAUACGAGGAUAUAUGUAAGCUGUUGACCAUCCAUGAUAUUCAACUGAUUAUUUAUACUCUAGAAGCCUUGUAUCAGUUAUCCGAAUUAGGGGAAGCUACAUCUGGUGCUAUCUCUUCUGUGAAACAUGCUGUCGAUAUCCUGGUCCAAUUGGUUACCGUUGAGGCACAAUCUUAUGGUCCGAAUUCUCUGAUUGGUAUCAAAGUUGUAGAGUUUGUUCCCCACCAGCAAGCAGGUUUGACAGCUAUUGGACCUCCAGUGCCUCCACAACCUCCACCAUCCAUUACUUUGAAUUGCAAAACGGGACCUCCACCAAGUUCUAUUCCUACCUCAGAAAUAGAAACCACUUGUAAUUGGUUGCGAGCAAAUCUUGAGUUGAGAGAUGGCUGUUACAUGUCUCAUCUGUCAUUGUACACAGAUUAUUUAUCUUUUUGUAAAAAGUUUUCCUUACCAAACCCACUGAAUAGCUCAGUGUUGCAUACCUGUGUUAAGGCGGUAUUUCCUAAUGUUGAAGAGAAAAUCAUUGAAAGAAAAGAUGGGAAUAAAGACAUUCAGUUCAGUGGAUUUUCAAAGAGGUCAUCUCCUCUGCCAUUUGCAAUCACUUGGCAAGUUGAUAAAAAUAGCAUUCACUCGUCGCAUGGCUUUCAGAAAGUAGCUAACUCUUCUCAGUCGUGUUUAACACACACCCCAACAUUAAGACAACGACUAUUGGAACCACCUCUUCUCCAUCUUCAACCGGAUUCUUGCCCACCUUUCCCUGUAGGUAGCAGCAGUUCACACUCAAGUCAGCUUCCCGGAGGUCAGCAUCCAUCAGGCUCGAGUCCAGCGACACCACACACGCCGAAAAGUCAUCACAACCAGUCAAACCAACAGAAACAUUGCGCCAAAAUACUGCAGUCUCCCGGAACGCCUUCGAGAAACUUAGCCAAUCCUUUACCACCAACGCCCUCGACACCCAUCAGUCGUACCCUUGUGGUAUCAGCUGUGUCUACUUCAACACCCAACGUACAAUGUAAAACUGUUUCUGUUCUCCAGCAACAGCUCCGGUCCCCUAUUGCUCAACAGUCUUUGAAACUACAAGAUUCUCCUCUUAAUACACAGACAACUCUCAGUCAGAAUCCUUCGUAUUCUUGCAUCCAACAUGCUUUGCAUAUGGAAUCUGACCAGACUCAAGCCCCUGCCUCCAACCCUUCAAGGCAGCAAACUAAACCAAACCUGCAGGGUAAAGGCAGUCCAUUCCAAGACGGUGUUGGAACCGCAGGAAAUCGCCUGCCCUCAGAAACAAACUUAAUUAAAACUUUACUUGCCAAGAAGCUCAACCAAAACCGAGGAACUCAAAGUCCAUCUCACCAAUGUCAAGAAACUCCCUUAACUAUCUCCUCAAUCUCCAACGCCCCUCCUUCACCUGCUCGAUCUGAUGCUGCAAUGUCUCAGGAUGGGUUUCCAAGCCUCGAAACCAAACCCAACAAACAGAAUGUUGUCAGGGCAGUGACAGUUCCGGUGAUGGAAUGGCAUCCACCGUCAAUCGAUUCUCCGGCACCGUCUGACACAAUGGAAUCGCAAACCUCCAUUAGUCAAGACUCGUGCUAUACAACCGAAGACCAAUCCCAGCAGAGUCUGCUAGUAAGCACCCAGGACAGCGCACCAAAAGACUCUCAGCAGACCACAUGUGAUAACAAUUUACGGCAAGAAGAAAACAUGGAAACAGACAGCCAACAGACUGAGCCGGACACUGGUCAUGAAGAUCUUCAAGAAGAAUUGAAGGGAAAUCUGGCGCCUGCAUCUAAUGAAUUACAUCUCGCACAAUCUUUGGAAAGCCAGUUGGAGAAGCCUGAUGCAGUUCUCCCGACUGAGCAGCCAUUUUCCCAACAGACCAGCCAGCAAGAUUCUAAGAAAGUAGAAGUAUCUUUGGGGUCUGCCACGACGCAGUUAGCAGUCAAUGUUGAUGCAAAUGUCGUACAAAGUGCACAAAACUCGCAGCAGACUGGCCAAGGAAAUAAGCCAGUCCUGUUGCAGACUGCCGUGAAAGCGUUACCUGGCACCCAAGAUGCUAACAGUGGUUUGAAACCGGACGAGUUAGUGAUCCAACUGAACUCUGAAGCAAGUCUCCAUCAACAGGACAUUGUCGUUCAAGCUGUCUCGGGACAGUUAAACAACCAGGAGCCUUUAGUUGUUCAAGCUGAGCUGCAGGACCAACAAGAUGCCACACAAGCUGUUUCUUCCCGGCCGGAAGAGUCGUUUGUCAUCCAAGGAUCUCAGAUUCUCCUGCAGCAGCCGCAAGCUCAGCAACAACAGCAGCUGGUCAUCCAGAUGCCGUCAACGCCACAAGGUCAGCCUGUUCAAGCAACUCAACAGCUUGUCAUACAGACUACACCAGCCACUCUGCAAACGCAACAGCUAGUCAUUCAGGUGCCGCCACAACAACAGCAAUUUGUGAUACAGGCUCAACCAAGUCAGCAACAGUCUACUUUGCAACCUCAACAUUUGCAGCAGCAAAUUGUAAUUCACGACUUGCCUGACAGUAAUAUUCCUAACAGCCAACAGAGCUUAACUCUGGAGACGAGUCAACUAUUUGGAAACGGUUUGAGCCAGACCCCGGCACCAGCCAACAGCAACCCUGCCCCCAGUUCACUGCCACUCAAUGCUUUGUCACAGACCAUUGAUAGUAGUUUGCAGCAGAAUGAAGUGGUCAUCCAGUACAGGCCAGUAACUCAAGUGUCAACAGCUACUACUACUACUACUACUGCCACCAAUACAACAACUGCAACUGCUAAUACAAUCUUCUCUAAAGUGUCGCCAGUUUCACCUGGAGAAGCAUCUUUAGAUAGCAACCUCUCUCCACAAACCCUCACAAAAUGUGUUUUUCAAUCCCAGGGACCGUUGUUCCCUUCUAGUCAGAAUAUGCUGCUGGAGAAUUCACAGAAAAUGAAGAAAGGUAGAGUUAGUCCCGUGAAGAACUUCACUUCUCACCCUUGUCGUGCAUCAACACCCAAGCUGGUUACAUCGAAAUGUAAAUCUUUAGACACCGACUCUGUGUUGUCCAAUGCUUCUUCUCCGCAGACACCACAGGAUUUUGAGUUGGAGGUUUGUGGAGAGGUAGAAUGUGCUAAGGACAUUGUGAAAGAAGGGUCUGAGGCAAGAAUUGAGCGCGUUGAGAACAAAUGCCUAAAGCUGUUAGAAGGGGCUGCUGAGCCGUCCAAUUUAGAGAAAUCUGAGUCGUUACAGAAUUCGGAUGUUGUGAGCAAUGCGAAAGACGUUCCGGGUGCUUCUUUUCAAAACAUCCUGCUGACAGGCUCCGACGAGAAAAACCUUUUACAUAAUCACACACACAGCAUUCCGACUAUGGACAUUGGUAUGGAAGAGAAGAUUGCUGAAUCGCCUGUAGCUUUUGUAUAUUCAGCGAGUAAAGAGUUGAAGAAAAAUGUCGACAUGUUGGGCAGCAAUACUUGUCAUAGUAAUCAACAAUCAUCAUCAUCAUCAUCGCCAUCAUCCUCAUCCUCAUCAACAACAAUAUCAACAACAUAUCAUCCACACAAACCUCUAUUGACAGACGUUAAAGAAGAGAAGACUCAGUCCGAUGCUAUUGGUAAAAGCGAGGUUUCAAAUUCUAAUACAGUUUCCACAAAACAGGAAGACGAUGUCUUAACACAUCCAGAAGUUCCCGUUGACAGUGAGAACUCCGGCCCGAAACUGUCGGUUAGCAGCAGCACUUGCGAGUCUCCGAAACCGAACCGAACACUGGCAGCGGGGGCUCAAGUGAACGGUGGUGUGAAGUCUGGCAGUGCAGCGGUCACGGCUCAUUGCUUGUGUCCGCAUAAUAAUAACAAUAACAACAAUAAUAACAAUAAUAAUAUUCAGACAUUAGUGGACACCAAGAUGUGUCCUAGCGGUGCAAGUAAUGAACAGUUGCACAAUGGUGUUACGUCUGCUUCAACUGUUGAUGUCAAACUGAACUUUGAUAUCAAGUCAGAAGAGUUGAGUGUCGGUGAAAAGAUUUUGUUGAAUAAACCUGUUGACAAAUUUAACAAAGUCAAUGGAAUUCUAAACCAUUUAGGCAGCAGUGACAGUAAACCUUCACUGGACACCAAACUACAGCUCUCGGCAGAGAAUCAAAAAGAGAGGAAGCGGAAGGCGAGUGUGUCAUCAUUAUCAUCAUCAUCAUCGUCAAACUCAUCAUCUUCUGUUGCUAGGGUUCCGGAAAAUGGUUGUGUUGUAAAUGGACUACAAGAAACAAUAAGCGAUUGUAAAUUUUUAACAGACAGUAAUAAUAUUGAAAAGACUGCAACACAUUUGAGUUCUGGUACAUGUGCCGCAAAGAAACAGCGGCCGUCAGAUUGUUCUGGUAGCAAUUGUUUGAAGAAAAAAUCUGAUAAACAAAAUUCAACUGUGUUAUGUAGCCAUGUAAAUAGGACUUGUGAAUCACGGCUGGUUCCAGCAUCAGAUUCUGGUGAUGGAGACAUCAGCUGUGACAGCUCUAGUGUUUCUUCAGUUCAGGACGCUUUUGAAAAACAGCAUUCCAACUUUAAUCAGGGUACACUCUUAUCGGGUACGCUGUUGUAUAAAGAUAGUAAAGAUACUGCCCUGCGUCCUGCUCAGUCCAUAUCUCCCAAAGGUGUUCCAGGCACAGGUGCUGAUAAGUUGGUUAAGGCUCGGAAGCGAAUUCGGAACAAUGCUGGUAGUGCAGACUCAAGGUGUUCGUCAUCGAUUGGUUCAGAAUUUGUUUGUGAGUGGGCCAACUGUAAACGCUGUUUUGAGACCAGCAAAGGUGUCUACAGUCACGUUUACAGUGCACAUGUCAUGGCAGAGUCUGAUGGAGUUUGUAAAUGGGAAGGCUGUGAAAAAUUGGAAAGGAAAAAAUGGUCUUUGGUCACACACAUACAGGAUCAGCAUUGCUCUGAAGCAGUUCUGCGAGCUGCAGCCCAGCGGCGAAUCCAGUCGGCUCAGAUGAAUAUGCCAGGUGCAGUAGCACAUGCAGCGCCACCUACCCAAUCGCAACCUCCUCUUCUUCCCCCUCUUCAGCCCACAAACUUUGUGCCACACCCAAUCCAUCAUUACCCGCGAUACGAUUUCAAAGCGAGAAACCCAGACUUUGCAUACCCUCCGAUGCAGUUCAACAUUGUUAAGCCGAUGCUCCAGGAAGCUCGUGAAGGACCAGUUACAAAACACAUCAGAUUAACUGCAGCUUUGAUUUUAAGGAAUUUAUCACGAUACUCAACACUUGGCCGAAGAAUAUUGAAGAAGCAUGAGACCUACUUGGGCUACACUGCAAUGAGCGCAGUGGAAUCCUCCAAUGCAUUAGCUAACUGCCUUUGGGAAAUCCUUGAGCAUCAUUAGCAGGCCGUGAGCAGUCACCUACCUGCUGGCUCUUUCUUACACCUCCUCUCACCCCAUUCAUCUAUUUCACCCCUGCUGGUAUAAUUUCUCCUCUCUCUCUUUCUCUCUCUCUCUCCUUGUUCCUUUCUCACAUCAUCUCAUCAACAAAUAAAAAAAAAAAUAGUGUAUAUGACAUCACUUGACCAAACAUCUUCAUAAUCUGUUUUUUAAAAGCUCUGUGUGUGUGUAUGUAUGCAUGUGUGUGUAUAUAGAGUGUCUUCAUCUUUAUUUUUUAUUUUUAGCUGCGAGUAUGGUUUGUUACAUGUGUCACUGAGCCAUUUGAUCCCCAAAAUAAGAAAAAAAAAAAAAGAGCCCACCCCCCUCUGCUUACCUUCUACAUACCAUCAUUUUGCCUGUCAAGUCAGUAUUUUGUACAAAGUGUCUCUUUUUAGCCUUUUAGACAUCACCAAACACACCAGUCCACUCUGACCCUCCCCUCACCACCACAUACACACACACACACACGCAUACACACACUUGAUUAAAUUACAACUUCUACUAACACUACUACUACUACUACUACUACUAUAACUUCUACGUUCAUAGGGGGAACAUCACAACACACAUUUGUGACAACCACCGCUUACUCAUUGUAUUUAACCAUUUUUUUUUUCUUUUUCCCUUUUUCUUUUGGAAAGAGAGAAAGAAGCAAAAGAAAACAAAAAAGCAAAAAGGACAAAAACAAUAAUAUAUUAAUAAAAAAAAAGAAAAAAUAAUAAUAAUUAUAAAAUGGCACUUAAACACAGAUACCAUCGUAUACAUACACGUACAUACACACAGACAUGUACAUACAUUGAACAAUAAUAGUAAUGAUUAUUAUUGUUAUUAUAUAAAGAAAAUUAUAUAUAUAUAUAUAUGUGUAUAUAUAUAUAUAUAUAUAUAUAUAUAUGUACACACACACACACGUAUAUAUAUACACACGCACACAUAUACAUAUACAUACACACAUGUACGUGUUUGUGUGUAUGUCUGUAUGUACGUGUGUGUGAGUGUGUGUCAGGAAAAAACUUCGGCAAAAGUGAGAGAACGAACUAAUGUUGCCACUUUUCAUUUAAAGAAGAUUUUAAAAAAAAAAAAAAAUUUGUUCUGUUGUAGCAAAAAGUUAAUUUUUUUUUUUUUUUUUUUUUUGCAUUCAUGGGAAUUGAAGGACUUUAACAUGUGUCAUUUUUCUAAAACUCGAUUUCAAAAAUAAAUUUAAUCUAUGAGAUAAACUAAA